AUGGCAGACUUGAAUGCAGAGGCCUCGCUGAGCUUGGGAGACUCCUGCCAAGUGGAUGAGAACUAUUCUGAAGCCAUUGAUUGUUAUGCAGCCGCGCUUUCAGUCGCUCGCAAAUCGGAAGGUCUCACCAAGUUCCGAGCCCAUUCUCGCAAGUCAGGCGCUCUACUCAAGCUGGAUAGAUUCGAGGAAGCCUUGGAAGAUGCCCAAGAAGCCAUGAAGAUCCUUUCCGCUGGCUUAUCGGGUCUCCGUUCCGGUGAGGGAGAAAUUUGCCAAAAGCGAAAAGGACUUGCAUCCUUUCAGUUGAAAAAGUACGCCGAGGCCAAGGAAGCUCUGGAACAAGCCAUGCAAUUGGCUUCCCUCAACAAUCGUCCCGUGGAAGAGUACAAGAAGGUGAUUGGAAUCUGCAAAGACCGAUUGAAAUCUCCUCCCAAGACAACGGACAAAAAGGCGGCCGCUUCUGUCGCGUCCAAAUCUACCGGCAAACCUGCUACUAAGGCUGCUGAUGCUGCUGAUACUGAUGCUGCUCCUGAUGCAAAGAUCGAAGAGAUUACCGAGGACGAGGAAGAGAAGAAACCUGAGCACGUUUUCAAGACCAUUGGAACUCUCGUCCCAGAAUCAUCCACACGAGUGGUCGGUAGUAGUGGUGGCGGCGCCAAGCAAAGGCCACAAAUGCCCAAGUACCAAUACUACCAAGACGAAAAGUGGAUGAAGAUUGCCAUUUUGGAACCUAGUAUCACCGAAGAGGAUGUCCAUAUCCAUUUGGGUACCAAACAACUCACUGUCAUUAUCAAGAAGCAAGGUGUGGAAUAUACAGUCAUUGCCAACGUACUCUACACGGAAAUUGACGCUGAGAAGAGCAAGGUACUCUUCAAGGGCGAGAAGAUCCUCCUCAAGCUCAAGAAGCAAAGUGAAAAGUAUGAAUGGCAUGAACUCUUUGGAAAGAAUGAAGAGUUUAAAUCUUCCCUUCCACCUAAACCCAAGGUCGCUGUCACAACCAACCGCCCAUAUGCCAGUGACAAGGACUGGGACAAGGUCGAAAAGGAUGUCAUUGAAGAAGAAAAGAAUGAAAAGCCACCACCGGGUGAGAACCAAAUGAACAAGUUCUUCCAACAAAUCUACGCUGAUGCUGAUGAAGAGACAAAAAGAGCCAUGAUCAAGUCCUACCAAACGUCGGGAGGCACGGUCUUGUCCUGCAACUGGGAUGAAGUCAAGAAAAAGGACUACGAAGGAAAAGAUCGUGUCGCGCCGAAGGGAAUGGAAUGGAAGAAUUGGGAAGGGGAGAAAUUUCCUGUCAAGGAAGAUGAUUGA